GCGCUGUAAGCGUCUGGCGCAUUCUUCCGUCGGUACAGAGCCCAUUACAGCCGAGGAGUAUCGCGCAACUUGCCGCCUCGUCGCCAUGGCAACAAAAACGGCGCAGCCUUAUGGCAAGCGUCUGUCGAUGGUCAUACCUCGCCAAGGUGAGCAGCCAACAUGUCCUAUACACCUGCCUGCCUGCCUGCCUGCCGGCCGGCAAAAACACACAGAGAGAGAUUUGGGAAACGGGCACGCAUAAGUGGACGGACUGGCGGUGUGCUGGUGGCCGGUUGGGUUGUGUUGUCAGUGCUGUAUCUGGAGCGGCCCUUUUCGCAGAAGCUCAAUCGGGACUCCAUCUGGCACUUCAGGCAAAACUACCGCUCGUUCAGGUCAGUGAGUGGGUGGGUGCAGUGCACUCAAGGCAGGCACAGCACGGGCAGCCCAGCCAGUAUGUAUGUUAUGUGUACACACAACACAACCAUUUAUUGUGUGCGUAUCUAUUGUAUAGGUGUGGGAUGCCCCACGGUGCCAAGGGCGAGGCCGACGAGGCGUUUGAGCGUGCCGUGUCCAACCCCCCCGACACACUGCCCGACGCCGUCUUCGAAGUGGAGGCCUCGCCCAAACACUACAACGGAGAUGGUAUGGUACACACAACACACAACACACCCCACGUCAAAGGCAGCGCGCACCCCAGCACAGUCGGCUUUGGACUGUGUGUGUUGUGUUGUGGUGUGUGUGGUGUCAUGAGUGUACAUACUGCAGUGACGCCCAGCACUGGGAAGCGUCUGUCAUCUGCCUACAAGGAAGAGUGGGAGCACGUCGAGAGCAACGACACCAACCUCGCCAAAAUAAUCAACGUACACACACACACACACACACGCGAGCGCGCGCGCGCGCGUACUCACACAUGAAGAUACCCAUACCCACCCGCCGCCCCCGUCCAUUCUCUCGUCUGUUGAUGCGAUGCGAUGCGAUGCGAUGCGAUGCGAUGCGUGCAGUCGAUAGCCGAGUUCCGCAUCGGCUACCGCCGCUUCCGCAAGGGCGAGGCCAAGGGUGCGCAGCGCCACAUGGGCGACAUCACGCGGGACAUCAAGCGAGAGCACCUCCGUGUGCUGCCCGUGGCGCAGCUCAAGCAGCUCCAGCUGCAGCUCUCGGAGAUGCGCAAGCCGUCGGAAGAGCGCAUCAUGCCCAAGGGCUUCCUGCCCACCGCAUUUCACGUUCACUUCGGCGCAGGCAAACUCGGACUCGGUAUUAAGAUGACUGACUACACAGAGAUGGAUGGAUGGAUGGUCUUUUCUCUCUCUCUCUUUCUCUGUCUGUGUGUGUGUGCAGGUUUGAUAUCGACGGCGUUGGCAGGGAGUGGACAGCCGUUUGCCAUAGUGGAUCCCCCGCUGGAUGCGUGGAAGGAGCUGCUCGAGAGCAAGUCGCCCACCACAGAUGUCAUCGUCAACGGCACCAAAAUCACACAGCUCCAAGUGUAAGCAACCACAUCACGGCCACACUCACACCACACAGCCGCACACCACACAGCCAUCCCCCUAUCUCCCUCUCUCUCUCUCUCUCUCUCUGUGUGUGGGUGGGUGAAUGUGUCAGGCUCCGUCCGGGUGACCCCCUCCCCUCUCUGCCCAUCGCCCCCGGGCAGCAUGGCGGCUCCACCCCUCUGCGGCUGUUCGUGUGCUCGUCCGACGACGCCACGCUGGCCACGCUGAUCAAGGCCGCCACGUCAAUGAGCACCUCGGUGGGCCCCGCGCUGCCCAUGAUCGGUGACCGCAUCAGCGGCGUACUCAGCGACCCGCCCAAAGACCACCACAGACUUCCCACGCUGUUCGGAUGCGAGAAUGACCACAAAGCUGGUGGGUGUGCUGUGUUGAUGAGAUGAGGGCAAAGGGGGGAUAUAUGGCCGGGUGGGGGGGACCGGAUGUGUGGUGUGGUGUGGUGUCUUGUGUGUUUGUUUGUCAGUUGAUCGGUUGGCGAAUUCGUUGGCGGGCCGUGUGGAUGUGGUUUGCUGCAUGGUGGACCGCAUUUGCACGGGCAGAGAGCUCACGCCCACUGAGAUCCGCAUCACCACCGAACCUGACCCCGGUAAGCAACACCCUCCCGCCAACACACAGACACAGAGGAAGGAGGACAUCCUUAUAAUAUGUAUGGCCUCAUUCCUCUGCGUGUGUGUGUGUGUGUGUGUCAGGUGCGAUUGUCGUCAUGACGCCCCCCGAGCCGCCCGCGUACGCACCGGCCUUUGGCGGCGAGUGCUUCACGCUGCCGUUGGUGGAGGCCGAGGCACACUACUUCGCAAACCGCAAAAUCACCAUCGUCAACGGUACGUACGUAUGUGUCUCUGUCUGUAUGGGUGUGUGGCUGGUCCUGAGGCAGAGGUGAUGCCCUCAUAUCUCCCUUUGUGUGUGUGUGUUGUGUGUCUGUGUACAGGAAUGCACACGACGCUGGCCUUCAUGACGCUGUGCAUCAUGCAGAAGGACGACGAGCCACGUGAGCUGAGCAGACAGACACACACACACACAGACAGACCAGCACUCAUCAAUCCAUCUGGCCAUGUGCGUUGUCGCUGCAGGCAGCCACGAGUUGCUGACGACGGCCACUCUGCCGGACGACAAGCAGCGGGAGGUCUGGGCGUGGGCCGUCGCCAGAGUGCUCAUGAUCCUCUGGCAACACGACACACACAUCAUCAAGGUAACGUAACCCUCACACGCACACACGCACACACACACGCGUGGAAAGACGCCUUCUCCCGGUGUCCUUGUGUGUGUGUGUGUGUGCAGCAUGCGCACUGCAUGAAUGACGACAUCGAGCUGGCCCGUCUGCUGCUGGGGUAUGCGCGCCGGACGCUGAACCGGUUCGCCACCAUCAGCGACACCACCGGCCGCAUUCUGUCGGGGGGCGUCACCAACCGAUACCAAACACGACUGCAGCCCGUCGACAAGUUUCUCAUGAGCCAGUAACUACACACAUAGACACAGACUGGGGCAGAGAGAGAGAGUCGGUCUUGUGUGUGUGUGUGUGCUGGCAGUGAGGUGGGUGAGGUGCCUCUCGGGAAGAUUGUGCUCAAGUGAGACAGACUGAGACCGGCAGACACACUCGGUGAUGUUCGGCUAUCUCCCUAUCUAUCUGUGUCUGUGUGUGUGGUGUCAUGUAUUGUAUGGGUGCAUCGACCGCACCAGGGAGGCGGAGCUGACGGAGGGGUUUCUGCUGCGGGCCGUCCGGCGACUCGUCGAGGAUGCUUACAGGUGGGUGUGAAGCAACGGGUGUGUCCACUGUACACAUGCACCAUCUGCGCAACUCCUAUAGAGGGCUCCCACGCAUCACUGUCUGUGUCGUGUCUGUCAGGUUCACUGGUCUGGGCACCACGGCGGCAGCCAGCCACGCCAUGUGAGGCUGCUUGCCAACCACACCACACUGAGACCGCCAGCAGACAGACAGACAGACAGACAGAGAGGCCGGUUUAAUUUUGUUUGUUGGGUGUCUGUCUGCCCACCUGACUGACCAUGACAAUGGGAGCACUUCUGAGGUCUUUCUAGCUUCGUUCUCCUGCUGCUGUCUACCGUGCGGUGUGUGUGUUUGGGGCCUGGUGUCGUUGUCCUUGGUGACCGUCGGGAACUGCACAGAGGGCCAAUCCACCCUUUUGCGGUUCCGGACGAUAACCGUGGCCGACGAUGGAAGGACCCAAACACCUUUCGCGCCUUCCAUUCCUUGUCCAUUUCGUGUCUCGUGUGGCUGUGUAUGUAUGUAUGCGUGUGUGCUGUACGUGGCAGUACCCACCUCGGCUUGGCUGGCGGUCAUGAUGGUCACCCGGGCGCACAAGACACGUGUGUGCGUGGGUUUCCAAUGUGGCUGGCGGCGUAAGCCGAGGGGGUAGUGGACGGACGGACCUGUGGCUGAUGCACACAAAGUGCGUUGUGACGUCUUGUGCUGUGUAGGAGUGAGUGGCGGUUUUGUUUGCGUGUGUGUGUGUGUGUCUGAGAGAGAGAGAGAGGGGGAGAGAGAGAGAGAGGGAGAGAGGGAGAGAGAGGGACAUAGAUACACGAGAGUGUGUGUGCACAUGUAUGUAUGUAUCGCUGUAUUAAUUGUAUUCUGACUGCUAUUGCAGUGCACUGCCUGAGAGGGAGGAAUUUUCCGUCCAAUUCAGUCAGGGAUGGGAUGCACACACGGAGAGAGAGGAGAGAGGAGAGAGCAGUGACCUUCCGGCCUUCACCUGUCUGUGAGAGGUUUAAGUGGAUAGAUGGGCGAACAAUGAUGAAUCAGUGACCCUCACACAACACACCCCUCCCCUCCCUCCCUCCCUCCCUCCCUCUCUCACUCUCUCUCUCGCCCCCUUAUUCAUCUGUCUGUUUUGUUGGGUCGAUUGGUUCUGUUGGCACCCCACUCACUCACCCUCCCUCCCUCAUGAUCAGUGGUGUGUACUUUUCGCGUUAUCAGUCGCAGCUAGUAGGGGACAGACACAUGUCAUGAGGCAUCCGAUCCAUCUGCCGGGUGUGAAAUUGAUGUACAUUUUGUAUUUCUGUGUGUGUGGCAUACGUGUGUGUGCGAUCAAGGACGGAUCACUGAUGGGAUGGACGUGAAAUGAAAACCUGCGUCGAUGGCGCCCACCCCACCACAUUGGUGCGUCUUUUGCACAACUAACGCUGCACGUG